GUAAAACCAUCGGAAUGACCGGCCUAUGCGCGUAAAGAAAAGACCUUACGUCACGUGACCGCCUCUUACUCCCUAACCCCAUCAUUUGAGGAAUAGCGCUGCAUAUUUGUGUGUCACCAGCCCUCAGAUCUGGCUGUCACCCAUGUGUUUCUAAUGCAGAUUAAUCCAUAUGAUGCAAUUUAAACGGACGCAGGGAUUCUAGCGACACACUCGUCACUAAACGGAAGUUUGGUUUUCAAGGCAGCUGAGGUUGAAGUCUGUGUGUGCCUGUUUGCAAGUGGAGGAAAAUCACUGAACGCUCAUCAUGGCAGAAAACAACUUCCCUCCCCUGCCUCGAUUCAUCCCCCUCAAGCCAUGUUUUUACCAAGACUUCAAUGAGAUCCCAGACCAGCGUCGCACCAUGUGCAAGAGGCUGUACUACUUAUGGAUCUUGAAUAGUGCCACGCUGGCUGUAAAUCUGAUUGGCUGUCUGGCGUGGAUGUGCGGUGGUGGCGGAGCGACCAACUUCGGCAUGGCCAUCCUGUGGCUCAUCCUCUUCACCCCCUGCUCCUAUGUGUGCUGGUUCAGGCCCAUCUACAAGGCCUUCAAGACUGACAGCUCUUUCAAUUUUAUGGCUUUCUUCUUCGUAUUCAUGGCCCAGGUCGUGAUCAGUAUUAUCCAGACAGUUGGCAUUCCUGGAUGGGGAGUGUGUGGCUGGCUGGCUACCAUCACUUUCUUCAGCACCAACGUUGGCUCAGCUGUGGUCAUGCUGAUUCCCACCAUCAUGUUUACUGCAGUGGCUGUGCUCUCUUUCAUCGCUCUCACAAAGGUUCAUAACUUCUACCGUGGCAGUGGUGGCAGUCUGGGUAAGGCCCAGGAGGAGUGGGCCACCGGGGCGUGGAAGAACCCGCACGUCCAGCAGGCAGCUCAGCAGGCGGCUAUGGGAGCCGCCCAGGGAGCCAUGCAGCAGAACCAGAACCAGUACUCAGCAGCUCCCACCUACAACUACGACGACCCGAUGUAGGACAGAGGAGGGGCCCAGGCUGUCAAGUGGGAGAGAUAAAAAGGGAUCAAUUAAGAACACAAUUCAGAAUUAGGUGCCCUUCAUUAUAACGCUGUACAAGCUGAAAUCAAAAAGAACAAUGUAGAGAAAAGUCAUGUUUUCGGUGGAAAUGUACUUUUAUUGAAUUUUGGCACAUAUGGAAGUUAAUGAUUUUAGUCAGUUCACAUUUAAAUCAACAGCAAGUUAUAAAAAAGCUGUUUUUUUAUCUCUUAUGCUGCUGAAAUUUAGCUCAUCAAUGUGUUUGUGUUACUUUUUAACGGAGACACAUAAUAUAGCUAAAACUAGUCCCCUGAGCUUCAUCAGUUUAUUCAGGUUGGUUCAUCUGUGGUCAACACAGAGUGACUUCUCUGCCUGAGUCACACGUUUAAAACAUCAACACUGACCUUUAAUGUGUUUUUUAAGGUACUGUAAUGACUAUGAGUGUUUUUCUUUCAUUACUUUCAUUUGCCUUGAAGCUACAAAGUCACCAAACACUAAAAUAAAUAGCCCCUCAGUUGAUAUAAUGACUGCUUUCACAUCAGGUGACAGAUUAUAAGUGCAAAAUGUUUAAGAGAACUUAUAGGAUGAUUUCCUAUUAAAGGAAUAGUUCAACAUUUUGGAAAAUAUUGACUCUUGCAAAAAGUUAGAUGAGAAGAUCGAUACCACUCUGGUUGUAUCAAUUUUCUCAUCUAACUCUCUGCAAGAAAGCAAAUAAUGAUUAAUAAUAAUGGAUUAUUUCUUGAAUAAUUUCAACAAUUGAAUCAGCAUUUCAAAAGAUGAAAAAAAGAGAGAAAAACUCGAUGGGAAGAUAUUAAAAAAGUAUUAAAUAAUUUGUCUCCAACAUGAUUAAAAUCAGCAAGAAGCAAUAUCCACUAAAUUUAUCAGGCAGAAUUUCGGAGAGUUUAACUUCCAGAAAAAGACCUUUUACAGGUCAUGUUCUGGUGAUUUUUUGGCACUGAUGAGAAGCAUCAGUGAAACUUUUCAGUUUUAAUUCAGCAUUUUUUUUUUACAUUCUCAGGAAAGGUGUGAUAGCUAGUUUUAAACUCUACCUGUAAAGUGUCAACAUGUCAGGCUUUUGUCUCCUUUAUCGCUGUUAUUCAACCCUUCAGGGUGUUUUGGUUUUGUCAUUACACACUGGUCAUGUGUUGAGUAGGCUGACUUCAGUUAAACACAUUACUAUUACGUGUCAAAGUGAAGCACAUGCAGUAUUUAGGAUUGCAGUUCAUUGGAUAAAACAUUCCAAAUCAACGUUGUACAGGUUAAAAGUGAUUGGACGUAGAAAAAUAUAAAUAAUCAUUUGUUGUUGGUGAUCAUACCAUUGUAUGAAGUGAUGGAUGUUUUCCCCCUUUGGCAAAUUCUCCCUUUAACCCAUAAAUACAUGUAAAUGCUUAAAUGACUACUUGUUUCUGAAGCUCUGGAUUUCAGGCCUUAGUGUGUCAUUUCGUGGCUGUUGGUGUUAUUCCAUGAGUAGGUGUAAUAUGAUAUUUAUAUAAAGAAAACUGAAUAUAAAUUCAAUCCAAUCAUUUCUUGAUGAAGUGAAACUGAAAGAGAGAAUAUAUGUGUGUCGCCCUCGUGAGGACUGCCCGAUGUGUUCAGUCAGAGACUGUGUCAUAUUGUUGUCAGUGAGAAAAGGUUGUUUAACCUUUCGUGUCACAUGACUUACAAGUCUUCUUUGAAAACGUCUUCAAGAUUCAGUAGAUGGUUAAUACAGUAACACAGUAUUAGACUUGAAACAAAUGUAAAGAUAACGUAUCUGAAUGCUCGUUAUUUGAAAACCUGUGAGUCGUCUUGUCUGAUUGUGAUGAUGUGGUAUUCAAUAGGGUGUUUGUUGUUUUAUUUUUCUGUUGUAUUUUUUGUGUAUUUCGGAUGACGUGUGGGUGAGUUUGAAGCACAUGUUCGUUGUGUCUUUCCAUGGCUGUGGGUAACAGAUUUUGAAGUUUUUUGGGUUUUUUUUAAUUUUAACUUUUUGAAAAUUUUAAGGAAUGUUUGCACUUGGUUACCUGUUGGUGGAGUCAAAUGCAAACCAAAUUCACAGUGAAUCACAGCGGAGCAAUACUAACGUAUAAAUCUAUUAAACAGUUGAACUAAAGUGGGGUCCUGUUGUGCAGGCUUCAAAUAAUGAUAUAAACUGUUAUGCUCUCAAGUUGGACAUCACUACUAUUAUUUUACAAUUGCAUAACAUUUUCACCAGCAGAUGCACAUACAGUGAAGUAUGACCCUGGAAAGCGGACUAUUCACAUGCUCAUCUGAUGGUUGAGCUGAUCAGUUCUAUUUAAAGUGUAAAGUUAUGCACAAAGAUGAACAAAGAAGCUACUUUUCUCUGUAAGUUAUCACCGUCUUUGGUGAACUUUUGGAUCCGUCCAAACGUUUUUGCCAUUUGUACAUACAGUACAGUUAGUGUGAUUAUAGAAAUUACAACUGUAUAUUUAUCGUGUAGCAGGAACUGCAGCCCAUUGGACAGCUGAUACUCUGCAUUUCACAUCGCUGUAUCAAAGCUUCUGAGAGCCAUUUCACAUUACUGACCCAACCUCCCCGUGUUGCCACAUGUACUGUAUGUUGUUUGAUAUGUAUUAUCAUGUACUAUAUCAUAAGUAGAUAUAAAUAUAUAGUUACUUGAGGUGAGGUAAAUAUUUGCCAUGGAUAAACACAUUCAAUAGGAACAUGCUCUAAUUAGGUGGAUGAAACGUUUGAGGAGGCUGUGUCUCCAUGAGGGGCGUAAAUGAAGAAUACUUUUUUUUUGUCUAUUACUUUUGUAUUAUUUGGUCUUACCCUAAUAGAUAUUAAACAG